ACCUCUACUUGGAACUGACAAUAGCUACAAAAUGGUAAGACCGAGUCAAAUAAUAAGACUCAAUCUUUCUAAAAGAUUAAGAUCAGCAAUUCCUCCACCUGCAUACUUUGCAAACCCCCAAGACAUACCGCAUCCUUAUCAAGUGGACAAUGGCAAAUCAAAUAAGGACCUUGUAGUGGAAGCUGGAUCACAAUCGGUACCAGCACAAGCACCAUCAGCAAUACAAUAUAACAAUUCAUCAUCUUACAAUAAUGCUUCCUCGCAGCAAUCAUAUCCACACCUGAAUGAUGGUCAUUUUCGAGAAAUUGCUUCAUUGUUGGCCAUGGUAGUAUUAUCGUACAUUGCCGUAGACAACUACACCGAACGGACAAAGCUUGAAAAACUCCACAACCAAACAACAGCUAUCAAUUUAAAGGCAUUGCAAAUCCAGCAAGCUGCUCAUAACAACGAUAGAAAGACCAGAGACCUCCAAAUGCUCCAAGAAAGAAAGGAGAUGGCAAAAAGAACAUUCAAAAUGGGAUUACAUAUUGCUAUAUUAAGGAAACAAUUACUUGAAGCAGGAAUUGAUCCAAUUAACUUGGAUGAAGCAGUUCGUGAAUUUGAAAAGAGUGUUAGAGCCGAUAACUCUAGUAAGAAUGUUAGCGACCAAUACUUAUGGUUAGAUGAUUCCUCAGGUAAGUAUAAAGUUUCGACAAUGUAGCAUUUCAGUUUACUAACUUUACACUUUAGAACUUAAGAAAUACCUUCCUAAUCCUUGUGAUUAUGAUAAAAUCCGCAAACUGGACUAGCAUAUUCGGUAUAUAGAAAGUGAUCCCUUAUAUGAUAUCA